AUGGCGCCCUCCGAAGUGACUACCGUCGCAUCCGACCCAGUCGUGCUCGCAGUGGAACAAGACAACGGGUCGACUACGACCAAGUGCGGCGAUGGCCCUUCAGUCGACACGACUGAUAAUGGACCGGCUCCUCAAGAAUACAGCAUGUCGGUAUCCCAGGGUCCCAAGCGCCGAAGCAGACGGCCAAAGAGCAAGCGAGGAAUCGGCAAGCCCACCGGGUUUGAGGACUACUAUGCUGAUGGCCCUAUGACACCGGCGGAACAUGAGGAGAUCCGCCAGAUCUACGACCCUCGAAUCGAGGAGGCCCUGGCGCGAUAUCAGUGGAAGCGACGUAUGGAGAAUGACCGACGGGCGAUUUUCUUCAAAUACCUGCAAUACGGUGGUGUUGAUGCCAGCCAGAAUCACGGGACCGGUGUACCUCCUAGAGAAUUGAAGCAGAUGUCGACGGACGACGCCCGGCAAGCUCGCAGUCAAACAAUGAUUCCAAUGGAACGACGCAGCUUGGAGGUCAAUUUUGAAGAGGUUGCUCGCGGCUUUUGGAGCUCCUUCUAUUGCAACCAUUACAACCCCGACAAUCAAGAGAGUAUCAAGGUGGCAACGGGUACCAUUCGCAAUUUCCUCACUUAUCUCCUCUAUCACGACGUAUGUCCUGAAUACCGGGACGACAUUCACAGAGCGCGCAAAAUUUGUGACCUCGCUUUCGUGGAGCUGUGGAAGAACGUUCAACUGAUUCAACAGGGCCCCGGAAGCUUCAACCUGAGCUGUUCGAUGUUGUUCGGCGGGCGAUACUGCGGCAGAGAUUACGAUGAACAUUCUCUAUGGGUUCCAGCUCAGGUCAGCCCAUCUGGUGAAAUCACAAACGAGGCCGCUCAAAAGGUGGUAAAGUUCGCGAUUGCAAGCCAGGGAACCCAUGAGCAAGCGACUCGGUUCCAGCAGUUGGCAACUGACGUUCAACUCUCGGCACGAAAGAUUGAUGAUAUUGAUGGCUUUGAGAUCAUUUCGGUUCACAAGCCCGAAGAUACCGUCCGAGACUUUUACCAUGAGUUCGCGCCAGAUCUGCCCGUUGUCGGUACCAUUCGAGCCAAGUCGUUCAUCAACCCUGCAAAGCCGGAGAUUGAUAUGACCUCGAAGGAGCGCCAAGAGUGGCGCGAUGGCACAGGUCCUUAUCAUGAAUUUGACUUUUAUCUGGAGGCGAGCCUUCUUCAGCAUUGCUAUCCAGGGCAGAGAAUCACUUCGAAUAUUUGGAAGAUCAAUUGCGGCGUUUACUACUUCGACGAGGUCAUCUCCGUCUAUCCUUCUUUCCACUUAGUCCUUGCGAACGACCUGAUGCUGCACUGGAAGACACCCCGUCCAACGUCAAAGGCUCCAUUGCAACUUGUCCAGAACCUUGGGCAGCGAGGAAGCGGACAUGAGGAAGGAGAAGAGGAGGAGGAGAGAAACGAACUGGAUAUGGCGGCUGUGGUGCGUGCAGUCAACAUGACUGUCCAGAAUGACGGGGAAGACAAAGACGCAGACCGUGUGAACACGAACGCUGAGUGA